AUGCCGCUGUCCUCGCGCUGUGACGUCAGGUGCGGUCUCCCUGACCGUGGGAGAUCCUUUACAGCAUUGUUGCUGGUUUUGUCAGUUGAAACUCUUCGAUCUGACCAGGAAGCUCCGACAGAUCCAGAGACUGAUGACGUAAAGUGUCUGAGUUGCGCUGAUGUCAGUACGCCGUUCAGUUGCGAUGAAGCCAUUUGGUGCGGGAAAGGCGAGAUUUGUUACACUAGAGAGACUGUCAACCAUCGUGGACACCAAGCUUUUCGUCUCGGCUGCGAGAAUAAGAAUAGCUGUGAGUUCUACAGACAUGCGUCGUUGCUGUUUGGGAAGAGAAAUGCCGAGCAGACGGACGCCGAAUCAGAAGCAGACGACACGCCAAGGCGGGAAUGCUACGCGUGUUGCGAGUCAACGGAAUGUAACAGCGGUCUGUGUCGAGAGGCUCUCAUUUCGAAUAACCUCACCGUCAACCACACACAAUGCCAAACUGGAUUUAUUCGAGGGCCCAAGUCAUGUUACUAUAUAGCCAACUGGACAGAAACCUGGACUCAAGCCCGUUUUAUAUGUCGCCAGCUAUCCAGUGACUUGGUUUCGGUAAACGACCAAAGAGAGCAAGCCUUUCUAGCCGUACAGCUGAAGACGUACAAAGAGUUACAGUCUCCCCAAGCGUUUUGGACUGGCGGCUUCUAUGUUUCAUAUUCAGACGAGUGGACCUGGUUUGACCAUAGUGCUGCUGUUUACCAAAACUGGGGGCCAAGUCAGCCUUACAGCACUAGCUACGCCAUAGCGCUAGUGAAUCCGUAUGGAUCGUACUCUGGUUACCCAAGUUGGUCUUGGGCUACCAUCAGAAGUACGUAUUCUUAUGGAUUCAUCUGUGAGAGUGCAUACAAGUAACGGAGUGUGUUUUAUCUGUAUUGU